UUGCUACCCGCUGAGCCCUGACCGGGGAAACAGCUCGCGGAAACGAUUGAUCCCGAUCGAAUAACGCCAAAGCUGGCUACACAAAUGGCGGAUUAACACCGAUAUCGGAAAGGACUCGCUUAAUCAAUGCUCGUGAGUCGGGUGCUUUUGGAGAGUGCGCUGGCAACACCCUCCGUAACAUGUGAGAUGUUCACAUUAAGAUAUUAAGUGUGCGUUAUUUCGGCUAACUAGCUAGCAGCCACCCCCCCCUCUCUCGCGCUCCUCUAUAUCCAAUUUAUGGUCGCUCGCUUCGUCUGUUUUCUCAACGUCUGAACUGGAGGAAAAUGAAGAAGUUUAACAUUAGAAAGGUGCUGGACGGCUUGACAGCGGCUUCUUCUUCUUCUUCUUCCUCCGCAACUGCCCAGCCGGGUACUCCCCGGGAAAACGACGUUAUCCAGGAGACUCUCCAGUCGGAGCAUUUCCAGCUCUGUAAGACUGUGCGUCAUGGCUUCCCAUAUCAACCAUCCUCGAUGGCUUUUGACCCCGUGCAGAAAAUCUUGGCCGUCGGGACUCAGAGUGGAGCUUUGAGGCUCUUCGGCCGUGCGGGCGUGGAGUGCUACUGUCAGCAUGAGAGCGGCGCGGCUGUCAUCCAGCUCCAGUUCCUGAUCAACGAGGGGGCGCUGGUGAGUGCCUUAGCUGAUGACAGCAUCCACCUGUGGAACCUGAGGCAAAAGAUCCCUGCAAUCCUGCAUUCUCUCAAGUUCAACAGGGAGAGAAUCACAUACUGCCACCUGCCCUUCCAGAGCAAAUGGCUUUACAUCGGCACAGAAAGAGGAAACAUCCACAUCGUCAACGUGGAGUCCUUCACUCUCUCAGGCUACGUCAUCAUGUGGAACAAAGCCAUCGAACUAUCCACCAAGACACACCCAGGGCCUGUCGUGCACAUCAGUGAUAACCCCAUGGACGAAGGAAAGCUUCUGAUUGGAUUUGAGUGCGGGGUGGUGGUGUUGUGGGAUUUGAAGUCCAAAAAAGCUGACUACCGCUACAAUUAUGAUGAGGCGAUCCACUCAGUCGCCUGGCACCACGAGGGUAAACAGUUUGUCUGCAGCCACUCUGAUGGCACUCUGACCACAUGGAAUAUACGAGCCCCGGCCAAGCCUGCACAGAUCAUCACGCCACAUGGAAAGCAGCCCAAGGAUGGAAAAAAGCCAGAACCAUGCAAGCCUAUCCUGAAGGUGGAGUACAAAACAACAAGGGCUGGGGACCCAUUCAUGGUGCUGUCUGGAGGUCUGUCUUACGACACAGUGGGGAGGAGAGCCUGUCUGACUGUGAUGCACGGAAAGAGCACUGCCGUCCUGGAGAUGGACUACCCCAUCGUCGAUUUCCUGACGCUGUGUGAAACUCCAUAUCCAAAUGACUUUCAGGAGCCUUAUGCUGUGGUGGUCCUCCUCGAGAAGGAUUUAGUUUUAAUAGACCUCGGACAGAUUGGAUACCCGAUAUUUGAGAACCCAUAUCCUCUGACUAUCCAUGAGUCACCAGUGACCUGCUGCGAGUACUUUGUCGACUGCCCUGCUGAACUUAUUCCUGCACUUUACUCUGUCGGCAGCCGGCAAAAGAGGCAAGGUUACAGCAAGAAGGAAUGGCCCAUCAGUGGAGGGAACUGGGGUCAAGGCACUCAGAGUUACCCAGAGAUCAUAAUCACUGGACAUGCUGACGGGUCGAUCAAAUUUUGGGAUGCUUCUGCAUUAAUGCUCCAAGUGCUGUACAAGCUGAAGACUGCCAAGGUGUUCGAGAGAGCUCGCGGUAAAGAGGAGAAGGCAAAUACAGACAUCGUUGAAGAGGACCCGUUUGCCAUCCAGACCUUGUCCUGGUGCCCUGAGAGCAGGAUGCUGUGUGUGGCCGGGGUGUCUGCCCACGUUAUCAUCUAUAGGUUCAGCAAGCAAGAAAUCACCACUGAAGUUGUGCAGCUUUUGGAGGUGCGGAUGCAGUGCGAGUUCAGUGAUGGGGACUCCCCUGAUCCAGGAGGGGAGCAGACCCCCACCCUGCCCACCCCGGGAGCUUCCUCCAGCCCCCAGGAGAGCGAGCCCCCCGCUCAGCCCUCCACUGGCAGCAACUCCUCCGACGGAGCCCGUGACAAUAUACCAUGCCUGCAGGUGCGGAGCUCCCCGCUGAAGCAGUCUCCGGGCUACCAGGUGGAGCUGGUGAUCCAGCUGGUGUGGGUGAGCGGUGAGCCACCUCAGCAGAUCACCAGCCUGGCUAUCAACUCCUCCUACGGCCUCGUGGUGUUUGGAAACAGUAAUGGUCUGGCUGUGGUCGACUACCUCCAGAAAACUCUGCUCCUCAACAUGGGCACGUCGGAGCUGUACAGCCCGUCCGACCCCUACCAGAGGCAGCCUCGCUCCCCACGCAAAGCACGGCAGCCCUCUGGAGCAACCUGUGAUUCCAACGAUGGGUCCAACACCUCAGAGGACCGCUGCAAAUCUCCCACUUCAGGGUCUCCCUCACCUUGCAAUUCUGACGAUGAGCGAAAACAGAAGUUCAUAGAGAAGGUGAAGUUCAAAAGCAGACGCUUUUCCAAGACGGUUGCCAAUGACUUUGCCAAGAUGUCGCGGAAAAUAAGCUCGUCUGGCGAGCAAAAGCCGGACCUGGAGGACAGGUCCCAACGAUGGCGCUCUUUCACAUUUAAGAAGCGCUUUUGUUGUAUGAGAGAAGUCAAGGCAGCAACCAGGAUGACCCAGAGGGGGGGCGUCUGUAGAACUAAGUCCGCCCCCAACUCCUAUGCCAAGGAUAACUCAUUCACCCGCUCGCGUAGUUCAAGUGUAACCAGCAUAGACAGAGAAUCCCGAGAGGCCAUCUCCUCCUUUCACUUCUGUGAGAGUUUCCCCAGGAAGACGGACAGCCUGGUCAGCCCCUGUCUGCUGGUGGGGACCACACAGGGCACCGUGAUGAUGGUGGCCCUCAGCCUGCCGCCUGGCGGGGACCAGAGGCUGCAGCAACCGGUCGGCAUCUCCUCCUGUGGCACUAUGGCCACACUCAAAGGAGGCAUUUUGACGAUGGCCCUGUUGGACUCAACUGGAACUCUGCUGCCCCCUUCCUACGAGCCAUGGUAUGACCCAAAUGCCUCAGAUGAGGAGAAGGAGAAGAGCAGGAGGCGCAGGCCAGCCUCCCCUCCCUCAUCACAAGAGGGUCAAGAUUCCCAGUUUGCCGUGCUGUGUUCGGAGAAACAGGCCAAGGUGGUAGCCAUGCCCUCCCAAACACGCAUCCACAAACACAACAUCACAGAGACGUCCUUCGUGCUGAGGGCUGACGUCGUGCAGAUGGCCGGAGCGAACUGCAUCGCCUGUUUCUGUGCUAACGGGCACAUCAUGACUCUGAGUUUGCCCAGUCUGCGGCCUCUGCUGGAUGUGAACUAUCUGCCGCUGACAGACAUGCGGAUAGCCAGAACGUUCUGCUUCUCCAACCAGGGCCAGGCCCUGUACCUCACCUCCCCCACCGAGAUCCAGAGGAUCACCUACAGCCAGGAGACCUGCGACAACCGGCAGGAGAUGCUCAGUGAGUUGUUUACUCCCGUGGAGACACCAGAGGCUCCGAACAGAGGUUUCUUCAAAGGCUUGUUCGGGGGAGGAGCUCAGUCUCUGGACAGGGAGGAUCUCUUUGGUGAAACAGUUGCUGGUAAGGCUUCCCGUAGCCUGGCCCAGCACAUCCCCGGCCCAGGGGGCAUGGAGGGCAUGAAGGGUGCAGCGUCUGGUGUUGUGGGAGAUCUGGCUCGUGCCCGGAUAGCUCUGGACGAGAGAGGGCAGAAACUGGGCGAGCUGGAGGACAGAACGGCAGCCAUGAUGGCCAGCGCAGAGUCCUUUUCCAAACAUGCUCAUGAUAUGAUGCUGAAGUACAAAGAUAAGAAGUGGUACCAGCUCUGAUGGCAGCGUGUGGAGCAUCGGACUCUGUAAUCACGCACACCAGUAUCUCUUAGGAGCUGCAGGUCCCUCUCCUUCUCUUCUCUUAUUUCUCUCCACGGGGGGUUCUGCUCAACGGACUCAUGCUUUUAUUCUCAGCACAGCAUCACACACUCUGCAUUACCUCAGUCACCGGAGGACUGCCGCGGAGUGGACACACCGGCCGACCCGACGUAAUGAGAACGGAGAGAAAUGGAAGAAGAGAAGCUCCCUGGUAUCUCUCUUUCCAUUUUCAGCUGAGAGCGACGAUGUUUGUGCGACAUCAGAACAGGAGAGAGGUGACCUGUCAUAUCCAUCAGUCAUGCACUCAUAUAUAUCUCAUAUAUACAGUAUAUAUAUAUCUACACACCCUGCUGUUUUGUUCUGAACGAGGAAAGACAUUUCUGCAAAACAUGUA